AUGAUCGUCAUCCUGGGCCACCGCGUCCUGACAACCUUCCUCACCGUCGCCCAGCUGGGAUUUGUGAUAGGAUAUCUUGUAUACACCUGGACCAUCAGUCCAACCCGCAGCUUCAACUGGAUCGGGCUGCUUGAGUUGAUCUGGCCAUUUUGGCUCUUGGUAGCGAUAUGGCUCUUCAGCCCUCACGCACCCAAAAACCCUCUGCACAAAGCUUUUGAUGCUCCAAAGGCCUGCAUGCUGUACGUCAUCUGGGCAUUCUGCAGCCUCGCCAUCAAUCUUCUGAUUGUUCUGCUCCUUGAAAGCGUUGUGAACUUUGGCGACAGCACCAACACUCAGCUGCUGUCGUUCUUUGGCUACCAAAACACCAACCUAUACGACAGCAAAACUCGACUAAUUGCAGUGCUGUCGUGUGCUAUUCGUGUGGGGCUGCAGUCGAUCGGCUUCGUGUAUGUGGUAUUUGUCCUCCGGAGAAAGGUUCGGCGAGAUCGAUUUGACUCCAACUCUGAAGCCAACUCUGAAGCCAGCCCUGAAGCCAACGCAGCUCAUUUCAGCGACUCCGAGCACCAGCGAUAUCGUUCAUCUCUGCGCCGCUUGAAGCUAAACCCUGAUAAUCAGCCGACUAUGAACAGCGAAAGCUCUAGAACCUUGGGCAUCCGUGACUGCCUGGUUCCGCUGCACCGAAUGUGAUCGCUGUAUGAACUAU